AUGGCGCUCCCGCUGCCUCCAGGCCUGACGCAUGCCGAAGUCGCGUUCCUAGCCGAGAUGGAACUCGUCACCGUCGUCCCGCGCCAGCGGCUAGAAAGCAUCAACCUGCUCGGCGGCAAAACCCCUCCUCUCCGCCCACCACACAGAGCCGACCUCCCGCUCUGGUUCGCACUCCUCCUCAAAAAGCAACGCCGCGCCAACAUCAUCCCGCCACCCUGGCUGCACCCGUCCUCCCUCGCCGAAAUAAUUCACCAUGAAACCAAAGUCGCCCCCGAGUCCUUCUCCGACCCGCCCCCGGCCCCAUCACGAGCCGACCCGGCCAACCCAGGCCUCAUCGCCCGCCGACCAGCAGCCAGACCACAACAACAACUUUCCCCGCCCUUCAUCCCCUCAUGCACCGCCGCCUCUCCGGCAGGCUACCUCCCCUACCACUGGCAGGAACUCGCCGAGGCGCUGCUCGCGCACGCGGGUGACGACGUGGCGGCCGCGUUCGGCGGGGGGCUCGCCGCCUCGGGCGAGGUGCGCGGCCUGCUGCGGGACUUGGUCGAGGUGCGCGCCGCCAAAAUGCGCAGCAGCACCGCCGACCCGGACGGGUUCGGCGGCGGGCUGAUGAGCCUGCGCGGCGUGGGCGCCAUGGAGUUGGCGGAGAAUAGGGGGUUUGUGUUGGGCGUGGUGGACGGCGUGAGAAAGAUCGGGGCGAGCGUGGAGGCGGCCAGGCGGGAGGAGGAGGAGCGGGGAGAGGAGGAGAUGGGGAGUGAUGAGGAAAUGGGAUUUUGA